GGCAGGUCGGCACGAUCGAGCACACGAGGAGCCGCGCAGUUGUGAGACGAUUGUACAGUUGUGCGCGUGCGUGAUAAAAUUACUCAGUAAUUUCAGUUUUUCCCCGUAAUUCGAAAGAGUCUAAGGUUUUUUCAUUCAUCGAGUCCCUGAUGUUGAAUUAUCGGAGUGAAAACUGACUGAACACUGUGCAAAGGCUCCAUUCAUGCGACAGAGGGACUGUUUUGCCCCUCCGUCUCUGUCGCUCACUCGAUAGUUGGUUUUUUUGUCCAUUUCUCCUCCCUCUGACACAUCCCAAACGAUUCCACUUCGGCUUUGCGAAUCGCAAGAGAGGAUAGACCAUCGGCGAACCCACGUACGGAGAACUAUCACGACUCGGGCAACCGGACGAGUGGUAUUUGCAACACCCAGCGGGCUAGUGUUUAUUUUUUUUCCUCUCCUCCAACUGAGUUACGGGCGUAAUACUAGUCUCGAGUGACACUGGAGUAGUUGACCAGAAUUAUUAUUUUUUUUUACUCGCGCGAGCUUUUUCUGGUCUCUGGUAUCGUUCAGUUACAAAUAUGUGUGAUAAUACCAACACUACGACCCAGAGCAUAGCGGACUAUCUGUCACAGUUGCUGAAAGACAGGAAGCAGCUCGCUGCUUUUCCCAAUGUCUUCAUACAUGUGGAGAGACUGCUGGACGAAGAAAUCGCAAAAGUACGAGCCAGUCUAUUCCAAAUAAGUGGUGUCAAAAAAGAGCCCCUGACGUUACCAGAGGCAGAAGGUGAUGUCGUCACACUAACGGAAAAGGUCUACGUGCCUGUAAAGGAACACCCCGAUUUCAACUUCGUUGGGAGGAUUUUGGGCCCACGUGGAAUGACAGCCAAGCAACUAGAACAAGAGACAGGAUGCAAAAUAAUGGUGCGAGGCAAGGGCUCCAUGAGGGAUAAAAAGAAGGAGGAGCAGAACCGGGGAAAACCAAAUUGGGAGCAUCUCACAGAUGAACUUCAUGUUCUACUCACAGUUGAGGACACUGAGAAUCGCGCCACACUGAAGCUCGCUCGUGCCGUCGAGGAAGUCAAGAAACUUCUUGUGCCCCAGGCUGAUGGUGAGGACGAGCUGAAGAAGAGGCAGCUCAUGGAGCUUGCCAUUAUCAACGGAACUUACAGAGACUCCAACACUAAAGUUGCCGCCGCAGCAGCCUUCGACAUUGCAGCCUGCGAUGAGGAAUGGAGGCGUGUGGCAGCAGCUGCUGCCGAAACCCAGCGUCUCCUUCCAGGUCUCGGUACACAGAUGAGAACGCAAAAUGCACCCCUGGGUGCACCCCUGAUUCUCUCACCAAGGAUAUCAGUUCCAACAACAGCAGCCUCCCUGCUGAAUGGCUCAGGUCCACCGGGCUCACUGCUAUCAGCCGGCGAUCCACACGGUCUCAUCUACACGCCAUACGCCGACUACGCCAACUACGCAGCACUCGCAGCAUCACCACUACUCACCGAGUACGCUGACCAUUCUGGUGCAGCAGCCGCUGCGAAACAGCGUAGGCACCUGGGUCAGAUUCGCGAGCACCCUUAUCAAAGGGCUGGCGCUCUCUCGUGAAUACAGAGAUAACAGAGUCGCGCCUUAAUGCGGGAAAGGUUAGUUUUAUUUAUCACAAGAAUUUUACAUUUAUUGUUUUUUUUUUUAAUUUCAAUGUUGUCUUUUUUAUUGAGUACUUUUACCAUUGAAAUUCCACUGGAUUCGCUUGCCAAUGUAUGGAUUCUUUAUUUUGAGUUGGGGGAUUUUUUUGAUUUUUUGUACCUGAACGUGGCUUUUGAUCUGGCAAAUUUAUUCGUUAUCUGGGGUUUAUUUGGGAUCGAUUUGAGAGAGGUGUAUAUUUACGUUUUGAUUAAUAGUUCUGGAUUUUUUUUUUGAGAAUUUCACUCAUCCUUUUGCAGAUUUACUCUAUCCAAUUUUUUAAAAUCAAGUUUCACUGAAAUCUCAAGGAAUUUCGUCACUAAAAAUUCGUGUGAACGUGUGAUUUAGGACCGAAUAUUCAUAUUUUAUUAGAAAAAUCAUGUAAAUUAGGGAAUUUUCUUCUUCCCGUUGCUACAAAGUUUAGAAUUCCCUUGAAUUUCCAUUGAAAUUUAAAAUUUAAUCAUCUUUCACACCAGCAGUAUUACAUUUCACAAAAAAAAACUUAGUGCAUAGCAGUCCAUUAUUAUCCUCCCAUAAAAAUCAUACAUUGGAAAAGCAAAGACAGCAGUGGAAAAUAGUAAACUUGAAAUUGAAUUACGAUCAGUGCCAUGGGAUCCUUGGUGUUUGCGUAAUCGCGGAAUCGCAAAUUUAAGGACAAUUGGUGGAAAUUUAUCAGAAUGCACUUUUCUGGCGCAACUCCCCGCUCUUAGGUCUAAGAAAUUGUUUUAUUUAUCGAUAGGAUAGGAUGUAUGAGAUGAGGUCAUUCGAUUAGCUUUGUUUUUUUUUUUUUUUCGUUCUGAUUGGUUCUGUUCUAUUCUGUGUGCCACCGUGGCUAAAUUAUUUCUAGAUUCAUCGAAAGUUGUGGUGACCCCCAAUAUGGGUGCGCACCUCCCAACAUUUUCAAUUAGAAGCGCUGCCCAAUUAGACAAUGAAAAAAUCAUCACAUAAUUUAUCAGGGAAUUUAUGAUUGUCUAAAUCAUGCAAAUUGGUUGUAUGGAGGGGGCAGUGUUGAUGAAAGGCAGAAAAAAAAUGUUUAUUUUUUUUUGGUGCUUAUGUAUUGAUUAAGAUUUCAAUCUUCCAGGACAUCGUACAUAUUUUUUUUGCAUUUUGUUUCUUUUUUAUUAUGAUUUUAUGUUUUUUGGCAACUUGUGCCUGUGGAACAACUUAUUGACCUUCCAUUUAAUCUGUAUAUAUAAAUUUAUAUACGUACUAUUAUUAUAUUAUUUGCAUAAAUAUUUAUAUGAAAGAAUAAAUGAAGAGAAACAAAUAAAUAUUAUGAAAAAAAAUUAUUUUUUUAUGUUCUUGUGGAGUUUUAAAAUUAUUGCAGGGGUGGUAACGUGAUGCGACGCGAAGGUUUUCACAUUUAUUUGAUGAAUUUCAAACGAUCGUUUUCGUUGAUUAAUCGUUCAGUGAUCCUUCUCAAGGAAUUAUUUCCUGAAUUUAUUACGAAAAAUCAAGAUAAUUAAUUGAAUUGCAUUUUCAGCUCUGAUUGUAGACGAUUAAACAAUGAAUGAACGUUUGAUUGACCAUGAUAUGUUAUCUAUAGGCGAAGAAAACACGCGGCCAAAUAAGUGCUGCUCAAAGCUGGCGUCCCACCCUCUUUAUUUUCACGUAUUACCACUAACAAAUAAUUUUUUUAACUUUAAUUUUUUAUAAUCAAUACAAAUAUCAAGUGACAAUCCUUAAUUUAUUUAAUCAUAGACGCAAUAUUCAUCCAUUUAUCACCAUUAUGGUCUCUGCACAAAGAUAGCACCAUCUUUUUAUAUAAAUAAUAUUCAACUAACAAAAAUGCUCCACAUGGCCAAGUUGACACUAACGUUUAUACACUUUUUUUUUCUCAGUUUAAUUUAUUUAAUACUGUUCGAUUAAUCAUUGUAAUGAGAUUAAAUACAAGGAAAAAAAAUUUUUAUCGAAUAAUUUUAUUGACGCUUUAAAUGCCUGGAACUGUAUGAUAAAUCUGUCCUAUACAUGGCACGUUGCCGUAUAACUCAUGAGCCUCUGACACCCGCUUGCUGAUGGGACAUUUUUAAUUAAUAACUUUAUCGGAUUAAUUAAUACGAAGGAACAAAGUUGAAGAGAUAAUGCAACUGUGCAUCAGGUCUUUAAUGUUUUUCAUUUAAAAAAAUAAACCUUUUUGGUCCAUUAAAAAAAAAAAUUUGUUCAUGAAAUUUGUCACUCAGCACUGCUAUUUAUCUGGUGGCAGGUGCACACCCCUCCCUCCCCCCCUCAAACUGCCUCUAAAAUCGGUGGAAUAAUUCGACGUGACUUGAAUUUUUGACAAAAUCUCGCAAACUAGCAAUAACUAAUUUAACAUUUCGAUUAUUGCACAAUAAUUGUGAAAUGAAUUAAAUCAAUGAUCUCGCACACAUGCAUCCAAUGUGGGCUGGAUGCAGCUCAUAUAGACUAUUCUCUCUUUUUGUAAUUCAAUUCUAAUACAUCAGGAAUGACAUUUUUUUUUUUUUUAAAUCAUUGAAUUAAUAUUUCUCCAGUCUCUUUGCCUGUCCUAUGCGCGGGGAGGGUACACGAGCCAUAAUAAAAUCUCAAUUGUGUAAUCUGUCGUUAAACAGUAUUUAACGCAAUUUUUUCAUCUACAUUUUUUCACGUUUUUUUAUAUUUACGAUGAUGUAAAGAAAAGUAAUUCUUCGUUUUCUACGUGAUCAUUUGUGUACAGAAUAGAUAAACUGCUUCUCACUAAUAAUUAAAAUAUUAAAAUUGACCAAGUGUUGAAGCACUGCUUUUUGUCCAUUAGAUCGUGCUAUUUGUCAUUAAAUUUUUUUCGUUUAUAAUUAUCAGGAUCGAAAGCACUGCUCGACAUUUACUCGAUUUGUCAAGCUGACAAGCGACUAGAGGAACAGAUUCAAGUGGCAAUAAUUUUAAUAUUCAAAUUAUUAAAGAUAAAUCAUAAUCAAAUUACUAACAAUACUUUUUUUUCUUUUUUUUUAUCUUUCUUGUUAACCCUGGUUGUCCA